GUUUUACAAUGUGUUACUCAACACUAUCAAAUGCCGGCAUCAAAAUGUAUAAAACAAAGUCGAGUUUAAAAUAUAAAAUUACAUCAAAUCUGGACAAAUUGGAUUCCACAAGUAAUGCGCCAUUACAAGAUAGAACCGAAGAAACCCAAGGACUUCAACAAGAGGAGAGUGGAUACCAGAAUAAACUAGAGUCAAGCGAACACCGACGUCGUAUUAAGAAUCGACGAAGACGCGACCGGCAAAAAAAACAAAAAUUAAAAAAAUUAACAGCAGCAACAACUUUGGUAGUUGAACCAAAGUCGGAACUAGACGAGCCAUCGAUAUUGGUGCCCUCCCAACAACAACACGUUCGACUCAACAAGUGCUACGAUGCCACAAAAGUGUUGCACAUCUUUGAGCUACUGGAGCGGCUUUAUGUGGCUCGGGGCGGAAGCCAAAAUGUCAUUAAAUCUAAAGUAAGCCAUAUGCGAAGGGCAUGGAGGCGCGUGCUAUUGGAAAAUGAGAGUGAUUCAUCAGCUAUUGUCUCAGCAGCGCAGAAUCUUGAAUCGCAGUGGGAGGCCGUCAUCUUUGGAGGUAGUCGAUUGCCACUACGGUUGGCUUACAAAAAACAAAAUGGAAGCGAGCUACUACGAAAACGAUUUAUUUGGGAUUCUUACAUAAGCACUGGGGAGCAAGGCAGCUCCAUUCCAGUUGGAUGGGUGAUUCCCCCGCUAAGCCCGGCACAGCAGUGGGCACAGUUUAGGCGUGAAUAAUCAGUAGUUUUACACCAAAUACGGAAUUUUUUUAUUCUUUCAAAGAAUCUGUUUUCUUAACUAAGGAGCAUUACACAAAAAUGCCGAUUCUGCA